AUGGCCGAAAUGGAGAUUGAGCUCGUCGACGAUAUUGCGCACACCGAGUUCACCAUCCCCAACAUCCCUCCUCCACGACCGAUCGCACGACCUCCCUCGCCGCGCUUCCUUGCCCCGCUGCUUUCCUCAGACCCGCUUGAGCCCGCAGACUCUUCGGAUACAUCGUCGUCCUCACAGGAGGGAAACAAGGAAAAUACCAGCCCGCCAUCCCGCUUAGUCGCUCGCAAUGCCCGCAACGCCCCGACCUCCAUCACCACCCGCUCAGCUCUCCUUCCCUCACCAGCACCCUCCCAAUCUCAAUCCCAACCCCAGCCACAACCACAACCAGAACCGCACCCCGUGCAGCCGGCCAGCGACUCCGCGACUACCACCCCGCCGCAGCUCCCGAAGCCCAUCGCCGACAUGCUCGACGAGAUUGUGUCGGUGCUACGAACAAACUUCGCCGAGUACCCGCCGCACACGAUCCAGCGGCUGGCCGAGCUGGUGCUGCGCCCGAAACAACACUACCGAAGCGUGGUGGCGUACCUGCACGCGCUGGACCGCGUGGUGCACGUGACGAGCGGCGCCAACAUCUACCCCCUGCCCCCCGCCGUGCCGGACAUGAGCGCCAUGUCGAUCCUGGCCAACGGUGUCAGCGGUGACAGCCAUGGCAGAUCCGAUGCCAAUGCUGCCGCCGGUGUCGCGAGUAGUGGCGCUGGUGGAGGAGGAGGAGGAGGGAGUAGUAGCGGCGGUGUCGGGGUGGGCUCGGACGAGGCGCUCGGCGGCGCGCUGCUGACGCCUAUUCCCUGGCUGACGCGGCGGCGAGGCGCGGCUAACGGGGAGGAUGGUGAGGACGGGGAGGGCAGCGAGGCGGGCAGCGAGGCGGGGAGUGAAGACGGCGGGCCGCCGAUCGGGCCCGUGGAUAUUGGUCCGCAGAGCCAGCAGUUUGCUUUCCAACAGGGCGCCGCUGGCGGGGGCGGCCGACCGCUCGAGGGCCGAGUCCGCACCGAAAGCACCGAGACCAUCGAGGGCCCCAACGGGAUGGGCCGUAUCGAGACUGUGUCGGUGUCGGUCAACGGGAUUCCGUCUACCGGUGCUGGCGUGGCCGCCGUGCUCGGCGCCGGCAACCGCGCGGUUACCCAAGGCGAGCUGCUGCGCCAGGAGCAGCGCGCCGGGGUGGUCCCCUUGAGUCAGCUAAAUCGACAGCAGCAGCAGCAGCAGCAGGUCUCCCGUACUGCCGAUGCAAAUAGCACUGCCAGCGAAGACGCGCACAUGAGCGACCAGGAUGGAGAGGAAGACGGUGGCGGAGGAGGCGAGGGAAAGAGCCCGCCCGCGCCGGGGCCUGAGGGAGCUGCCCCUACCACCACCGUCGAGCGGCCCCGGAUAGACGUGGAAGCUGCCGUGGGGCGGAGCAGCGCUGCGGGGCAGCAGACCCAGAAGCCUGGACGGGCGAGCAAAAGUCCGGAAAACGAGAUUGUCCCGCGCAGCCCCAAGCGUGAGGCGGCCGAGGAGCUGGAGCCUGCGGGGGCCAGCAGGAAGAGGGUCAGGGAAGACGACAGCGGGGCCAGCAGCAGCAGUAACACCGCCGAGCAGCAGGCUCAAGAGGGAAAGGAUAAGGAGGAGGAAAUCAAGACUGCUGACCAGCCGUCCGAUACUGCCAGCGGCGCUGCAGGGGCCGACGCCGAGACCGAGCCGAAGAGGGAUGCAGAGGGUGACCUGGUCCUGACGGAUCUAGCCGCGGGGGACGAAGCAGUCGCUGGGCCCAGCAAAGACCCGCCCGCUGAAGCUGAGAAGGGGGGCUCGACCACGGAUGAACCUGCUGCUGAUACAACAAAAGAUGGUGGAGGGAAGGAGAAGCUAGGAGCGGAGCAGGAGGUUGAGGACGCAGCGGCCUAA